CGUAUCUGUGAGUUGAAUGAUAAAACGCGGCAGAUGAAGCCAGAGGAUUUUAGACAAAGGAUAGGAUCUACAUACUAUAGCUCUGCUCAGACUUCCUGCAUGGAUAUUUCUCGUGAGCAAAGGCGACCCACUAAGAGCGCUCAGUGUCAUCCGGGAUACCAAGGAACACGGUGCCAAAUGCCUCCCGUGGUGAGAGUAUUCAUCCGCAGUGAAGGUUGCGAGGAUCUAGGAAUUGCAGAAAACUCUUGUGGCAUUGCUUACAUCAAAGUGAAUGGCAAAGAUUAUUCUCCACACAUCAGAGGCCAUAACGUGGUUGUUAUCAACGCUAUGACAGGUAUUAUAAUCAAGAUCGGAGAUAAAGCGCGCUGUCAUUUGUUGAAAGAGCGCUCUAUCAGGGUACAAAAGACAGAGUUGAGUCACGCCAUCUACCAAUUUGUACUAUGUUCCACCAUUUCCCGUACUUUUCUCUUGCUUUUUUUCGCAUCAUCAGAAGCUAUUAAAGGCUUAUAUUACAAUCAGCCUGGCCAUUCCUGCAAGGACAUCCGGGACUCCGGAUAUUCCGUUGGAGAUGGGGAGUACUGGAUCGACCCUGAGAAGAACGGAAACCCUUUAAAGGUCUACUGUGACAUGACAACUGAUGGAGGAGGCUGGCUUCUUGUUUCCAACGUUGUGGUAGACGACCCAUCCUCGCGACAGCUUUGGAUUGCGUCAUCAUACCGCGAGAUCAGCAACUGCCACUGGAACAAAACGUUGUUCAUCACAGAAUAUGCCAUGAAAGAACUGAGAACAAACUUGUCUUUCACUCAGCUGAGAUUCCACUGCAACAAACAAAAAGGACGAAUGAUCCACGUGACCACAACUGCAAACAGCUCUGGUGAAGCUGUAGUCCAGUACUUCAGCGGUCAGACGGAUACGCGACCUUUGGCGUGUGGCUCGUUUAAUAGAAUGAAAGAUGAUAACUCCAAUAUAACUGGAGUCUGUCACCAAUGGCAAGGCCAGAAGUGGGGUCGUCUAUUGGCGGCAAAUGGGACAUUGAACGACCAUGCCUUUUAUGUCAGUUACAAAUAUCACUGGUCGUUGACUCCUGGAGAUCAAAGAUGGGAGUGUGACGACUAUAUUUAUGACGGAUUUUUUGCAUUGUCCUCUGGCGAUUUCUGGAAAGUCUUUGUUCGUUAAGGCCUGGAAACACCUACAUCCGCUUCCACUUUUCCUGUGAAACUUUUCUCUGCAAAGUAAGACAUCAUGAUCAUCGGAUAACUGUAACGAGCUUUCAAACUUUUUUUAUUUGUUUUUUAUCAUUCGAACAAUUUGCGAGGUUUUCGUUUUUAUAUUUCGUGUGUUAGUUUGUGGCCUGAAUGUCACGGAGGAGUUGGUAUUUCACCCCUUAAAUACCAUAGUAGUGACUAACUUAUAACUUCUCCAUACAGUAUCACCCUUGAAUUAAAUAUUGAGGUCAUAGGAAUAAAGGAAAUGAUCACCAGCCUAGGAAGUCCAUAACUGUCAAACAAAUUCUCCUCGGCAGCACCAUAGGAAAUGUAUAGAGAACAGAAUGGUGAACAUCCAUACUGAUGAUAGGGUGUUAAGAGUUAAAAUCUUUUUAUCUUUCAAAGUAAACCCGACCCAAAAGAUUUGUUCAUCUAUCUGUUUUUUCACCUUUUUUUUCGCGGGACGUCAUUGUUUUAUUGCCGCGAAGGAGGAGGGGGGAGGGAGGGUGUCAGGCGGGGCUGUUCGGAGGAUUUUUGGGGAAUCGCAUGGUUUUCAGGCGAAGCUGAGAUGAUAUUAGUCUUCGGUAACAUAAUAUAUAAAGGAAGGACUGUAGAUAAUCGUUUGCAAAUGAUGGAGGGGGGGAAGUAUUCAUAUACUACGGAGCCUUAGGGGACUAGGUAGAUUGUGUUGUAAAAUCCUCCGACCGAUCUCUACCCCAACCCUCUUCCCCCUUCUGGAGAUAAGAAAUGAUUGGUCCCUUAGUACGGACAAGCGA